UCAGUUCACUUCGUUUGCUCGUCGAAAGCUGUGCAUGCUGCGGAAGCGACGGCAUCGCUCGUUACCCCAUUAGCAACAACAACACAUCGAGCAUUGACAUACCAUUCAACACAGCAACAACAAGGCCGUACUGAGUGCCGGACUGAGGCUGAGGUUGGAUUUGAAGUUGGGGGCUUCCGGCGGCAAAAGUGCGUUUAAAAUUACCAAAGUUGUCCCAAUUAAAGGGUGCAGCGCGACUAACAAGUUCAAGUUGGAUGUUUCGCCGCGCGAGCGACGUAUUAUCCCUGCGAACUCCUUUGUGCUCGCGGAAACUGGUGCGUGGCGGGCGUAAAAUUCGCCAGUGACUCCGCGUUAAGUCAACUGUUCCUGCGAACUACUGCGAGUGCGAGGGCACGUUGCAGCCAACGGUGGCAAAAAGUAAAAGCGGAAACGUAAACCGAAACCGAAACGCCUGAGCGCCAGAGGUAUUGAGAAUCCGGGAAAUCGAGAACAGGCAUCGGUAGUGACAACUGUGAAAUGUGCGGCUGCAUUGUCGUUUUGCCACCACUUUGACCCAAAUCGCAUUGAAUUCGCGUUGUGCCGGAGUGCGGGCUCUGCGGACGCCUAAUGGCUUAGUGCGAGCAGUGCAUGAUCAAUAAGCACCAAUCGAAGCUCGCGAGUGCCCCACAGCUAGACAUAAGAAAACGAGAUCCACCAGCAAUUGGAAUCCUCUGAAGCAUCGGUUCCGGGAUCAGCCGUACUUGCUAACAACGCGGGCAGCGGGUAGCUGAAAGAGGAAGGACCCUCUGAGGACAUCACGUUGAAAGCGAUUCAUCAUCGGCACUACGCUUCCGACAUUGUUAUUCGCAGGAGGCGGCAAGGAGGCAGAACGUCCACUAGAGCAAAUUGAAUGUAAUUUCAUAAAAAGGCGAGUGUUAAUUUUUUGCCAGCCACACAAUACAAGAUAGAUACAGCCAGUGUUACACGGACCCCGACGUGGCUUAAUGUGCUAACACGCAGUGACAUGAAAAAUGAUGAAGACCAUGCAGCUUUUUUCCGCACCGACUCAAUAGAGAGGGAAGCCUCGAAGAAAGGAGCUGCAAAUUUGUGAGGAGUGCGAGCGGCGGGAAAGCGCAUUGUGACUCGCAGGACAACAACGCAUUGACAGGCGACGGAAAAACGGAGCUGGCAAAAAAGGCUGAGCUGCACAUCGCCAUCGGACCAGCAUCAUUUAUCAGCGACGCAUCGCAUCCCAUCGCAUCAACUAGCAGCAGCAGCAGCAAGAGCAACCCGGCGAGGCAUAUGUGCACCGGAGAUGCCGGCAUUGUGUGGUUGCCGUAGCUGAAAGGAUUCAGCGCGUUCAUUCAAAAACCCAUUAACCCUAAUAAGCAGCCACAAAAGGCAGUCAGACAAUACGAUCCGCCCGCCCAUCGAUGUGUCAGGACAAAGGGCGCGGACAGUAGGCCGUCAUCGGAGGAGAGGAACAACAGAGAAAUCACGGGCCUGGCGAGCAAGGGAGCAAGGAUGCCAAUGGUGCCGCCACGGCUGCUGCUGCGUCUGCGGCGGCCCCUGCACCUGAUGGAACUGCGCAUCCUGCUGCUCUGCCUGCCGACGCUGCUCCUGGCCACCACCCUCGAACCAGAUCAAAAGUCAAUACUCACAGAUAACGAUUGGAAGAAGCUAUGGAUGCGCGGCGGUAUAAAUGGCGACUCAAAAUUGGAUAAUAAUCUCGACUCGAGCGACAGUCCAAUGUUUGAAGACAGCGAGAACCAAAUAUCUUGGAUCCGCCGCCGGGACUGGCACAUCCUGUCGUCGGGGGCCCAGCUCUACACCAACGACGAGCGUUUCGCCAUACUGCACACGCCCGGCUCCAACAUGUGGACGCUGCAGAUAAAGUUUGUGCAGCGCCGGGAUCACGGCAUGUACGAGUGCCAGGUCUCGACACCGACUGGCAUCAUUUCCCACUUUGUGAAUCUUCAAGUGGUUGUUCCAGAGGCAUUCAUUCUGGGCUCCGGCGAGCUGCAUGUCGACAUGGGCUCAACAAUCAAUUUAGUUUGCAUUAUUGAGAAGAGUCCUACACCACCGCAGUACGUAUACUGGCAAAAGAACGAUCGCCUGAUCAACUACGUCGACUCCCGGCGCGACAUAACCAUUGAGACGACCCCGGGACCCCGCACUCAGAGCCGCCUGAUCAUCCGGGAACCGCAGGUCACGGACUCCGGCAACUACACCUGCUCGGCCAGCAACACGGAGCCGGCGAGCAUAUACGUCUUCGUUUCGAAAGGCGACAAUAUGGCGGCAAUCUCGCGGCGGAAGACCUCCUCGGCCGAUCGCCUGACGCACAUAUUUAGGUCGAUGCUGGCGCCCUGUCUCCUGCUGAACACGGUUGUUGUGAGACAUAUCUUCCUGACCUAAGCGGACCUGCUGGCUGACGAGGCGAACGGAAGGACGGCAACAAGGAAAUCCUAUUUAAGCUAUUUCAGUGCUAAAACUACGGCAGCCGAAACACAGUUAAUAACUGAAUAACCCCAGUCUAGGAUAAUUGCUAAGCUAAGCUCAGUAAGAGAUGCGCACUCAAGUGUAAAAAUCAUGUUAAACCAAUCGUCGCUGUGUACUCGACUUGUUUGUGUGCCAGACAGUUACCCGUACAUCCAUCCACACCGGUUUGGAUGAAAAUUGGUUAUGUUAAUAACCUUCUUCCCAUUGAUUUUGUACAGUAUGUUUAAGGACUUCAGAGUAUGUGAGUUUCUUUUUACGAGUUAUCGCUCGGUUAGAUUUCCACAGACUCCUCAUUUACCGCCAUCGAUGUAAUGUUAUGUAUAUGUGUAGUGCAAUUUCACUGAUUGAUUUCGGUGCUUAAACUUAUUUUACAUGCCUUUGUUCGUUCGGCCAAGAUCAAUGCUUUGCGACCCAAAAAUGUUUACUGUGAGCGGAAAUUGCAUAAGUAGCCAAAUUAAGUCCAUUUAAUAAGGUACAUAUAUACGAAUCGGUUUAUGAACAGAAAGGCAUUAAAACGAUAUUAUAACUGUUACUAAUGGCUAAUUGAAAACUAAACAAAAUGCAUCGGGCACGUCCAGCCCAAAAGCCAAAAUGGGGCAUACAGAACAGGGGCGAUAUUAACGUUAACGAGCAUAAAAACGACAGCAUCAACCCUUAUUAAUUAAUUAUGUUAUUAAGUUUGUACAUACAUUUUAUUGCAAAUGGCACACCACUCACACGCACUCACAAGGGCUGCACGGAGUGUGCUGGAAAAUUUAUUCAAAUUGUGUAAAUAAAAAGGAAAUCAUGCAGCUCCAACCACAAGGCACACAGCUGACUGAAAAUGUGCAAUACUACCCACAUUACCCUUAUUGCCCAUACAACCCUGGGCCCGUGGACGGAAAGAGGAUGGCGAGCUGGACGGAAAUGAGGUGUACGAGUGUGCGAACACUUUAUGGGCUUCGAAACUGUCAAAAUCAAGCUGUAAUUAAUUGCAAAAGCACACAGGAGAAAGUCGAGCGGGUCGGGGCAAACCUUAGCCAUAAUGUCGAACAAUGGAUAGUGUACAUUCAUCAGUCUGCCAAAUCGCAAAAUUGAAAAUAAUUACUUUACAAGCAGAUAUCUAGCAUGGUAAUAUAAUUAAAUUCUCCACAUCAUACGCGACUUCUGACCUGGCACUGGCCGGGAACAAAGUGCCGCAGUAUCCAGUGUUUGGGGUAUUCCAGUCUUUGUGCUAAGCCGAGCUGAGACACCUCAAUUAUGAAACCAAAAUCUACGUAAAGAAUUAUGUACAACUCUUGACUGUUCAAUAUACUUAGGCUGGCUCCAUAUCGGCUGCAGGCUGCACUUACGAUAGAUUACAAUACGAGUAUAGAGGAUCCGCUCCAGUUCAAAUUGAUGUGUUGCCAGAGCUGGCCGGCCAAGUAACUGUCAUUCGUUCAGUGUCGUCGGUACGUAAUUUACAAACAAACAAAGAAACAAACAAACAAAAAAAGAAACAAGCACACACAAAGAAACAAGCGAACAAACUGUAAGGGAUACCAUUUGAAGUUUGAAUAGAUUCAUUAGAGCGAACCCACAGCAAACCUAAAAUCGUAGCUUAAUCAUUAAUAAACUAUUGAUAAAACAAAAAUACUAAGCGAUUCCACACCCUCCUUAAAGUGUCUGUAUGUGUAUGCGUAUGCCCAAAGCCCGUUGGACAAUUUAAAGGUUAAAGUUAUUCGAUUCCAUUGAAAUAAAAUGUAUUAAGCGAAGCAUUUAGUUGAUUUUUACUGUUAAGCAUUUCCACUGUAAAUAUUUUGUACUUACAUAUGUAUAUCGAAUGACCGGCUAUGGCCCUUCGUUAAUUAAUGAAAAUCACAAGCGAAAACAAAGAAAAAUGGUGAUAGGCUAUUGUACUCUUGGUGUGGAAACAGCAAAACUAAACCAAAAACCCAUAUAGGAUCAUUCAAUUGUUUUCAAUGUAAGUGCUCGAGCAAAUAACUGUAAAAUUUCAACUUGCAACAAUUUGACGAAUAUGAAUUUAAUAAUAGUACAGAUAUGAACAAAUCCAAAUAAAUAAAGUCGACGACAAAAAUACCAAAGCAGCAAUGCGUGGCUAACAAUACGAAUGCAUUGAAAUAAAU